AUGCGCAGCCCGUUGGUGCAGCGCAGCCUACAGGCGGUGGAGCGGCGAUUCCGACAACCCGCCCCGCUCACGGCGACGAACGCGUCGUCGUUUUCGUGGAUUUCUCACGACGAGGAGGAGUUCUCGUCGUCGGCAGCGCCGGAUUCGCAUCGGGGUGGUGCCUACGGAUUCAAUCGCAGGGAUCGCGGCUACUCGGGCUAUUCGAACGCCGGAGUCUCACGUUCCCGCGCGUUGGCGGGGAAUCCGGAUGUUUCGAAUGAUCCUUACGAGGAAAGGCGUUUGCGGAGCGCGCAGCAUCCGCGGGUGUUGUUGUGUUGGCGGCCGUCGUGGUGGUUUACCCGCUACUCCAUCCUCUCCACGCUGUUCAUCCUCUUCGUCGUGAUGAAAAUGGUUGUGAUACCGUUCCUAUGGGGAGGUGCUAGAGAUGGGGAGAGUUCGCUGGUUGAAUAA